AUGCAGCCAUUUCCACGCACCAUCAAACCCCCUCCACCCCCCAAGAAGAACAUGUCAGCGAGAGAAACCAUCUCCCUGGCGCACACCGCGCGAUGCAAACUCAUGCUCGCAGCCGAUAAGCCAGAUCGCAACCUACAAUUUAUCCUGGGACAUGCCUUCACACUUGACAAGCUGCGCCUACGGGUCCUCGAAAUCGAAAAUGAGGCAUUGUUCAGCGACAGCGACUCCGACUUCGACGAUCCUCCGAUCUACGACGAGUUCGCAGCUUCAACCCCCGGUCAGAAUGAUCCGACCCCGCAGCGCGUCAGUUUCCCUACCCGUACUAACGCUCGCCCCGCCCGACCAAAUAAUGCUCGGAAUCGAAGUCCUCCUCCGAGUGCAGACGCGCAUCACGACGACGAGUACGACGAAUAUGCGGAUGAGGAUGAUGAGGAGGAAGGGGGUAAUGGUCUGUCGUUGAGACGAUUUGAAAGUGCGAGUGCGCGCCCGCCGAGGAUGAUUGAUGAUAGAGAGGGAGAUUCGGAUGAGGAUGAUGAACCUAUUUCCCCUCUGCAGAUCCCAGCGGAUCUCGAUUUACAGUCUAUCACGACUGGUCCGGAGAAUGAGGAGUUGGCGGGAUUGUAUGGACAUGUCAAGGGUUGUCCUUGUCAUGGUCAACAUCAGAAUGCUCCCGAUAUCACGAAGGCAUGGGAAGUUCCAAUGAAGCCUGGUCAAAAAGGAAAACGGAUUGCUGUGGUUCAAAUUGAGGCGUAA